CAAUAUCGCCAUUUUAUGCUAACUUCCCGAAAACGCACUAUUGUAUUUGUAAAUAAACCCAAGGAUGUGACAGGAAAAUACAUGCAUGGUGGGUCAGAUGAGUAAGUAGCCAUGCCGUUCAUACAGCGGUGUAUAGAGCCGACACAGGUGAGCCGUGAGGAAGUGGACAAGUCAGUUACUAAUGAAUUGGAAUGUGUCACUAAUCACACUCUCAGUAACAUCAUCCUUCAGCUCAGCAGUCUCAGUAAACAUGCAGAGGACAUGUUUGUGGAGCUCACGGCCGAAGCUGACCUGUUUAACAAACGGGCCGGUCAGCUCCAAUACAGAAUUGACCACCUUCGGGACAAGGUCACCCAACUUGAUGCAGCAGUGGAACCAGUAUCACUACAGGACAUCCACCUCAGGAAGCCAUUUAAGAGCUCUAUGCCUCAUGACCAACAGGUGAUAUCACAGAAUACUAUUCCACGUGCCAUCCAGAACAGCUACAACCAUUGCGAUCAGCCUCCAGCUCUUGGCAAACUAGAUGUAUUUAGGGAGGAUGGACGAGACAGUAUGAAAUUUUAUACUGAUCCAGGCUACUUCUUUGAAUUAUGGUAUGCAGAAAUUCAAAAAGACAUCGAACAAAAACGAACCGAAUUACGAAAAAAGAAACGACAGAGACCUGGUAAAGAGCAAGCAGGAGGUCGACGCCCACGACAGGUUGUCACAAAGAAAGAAAAAUAUGCCCAUGCAGCACAGGGUGUAGAGUUCAGUGAACAUUACAAGGAUCCAAGGGCUCUUGGUAUUCAGCCCUCUGCUAACCACUACUCCUCACAGGAACUCCAUAAUGAUACCCGUCAGUCUGACCAACAUCAACGGCCAGGCAGUCUGGACGUUCGCCACAAUCAGGCCAAGGGACAUCAAAAGAAACAGGUCAAUGGGCCCCAUCCUGCUGGUCCUCCACCACAACAAACCCAGGGGUACCCACAACAAUCAGGGCAGCAUAUACCUGAACAGGAAUUCCCAACUCCACCCUACACCAAUCAUCAACCCUACUCCUCUCCCCAGCACCAACCAAACAGAAACUCCACACGUCCACACACUGUGAUGCAGAGUCCUGCCCGCCCCUCCCAGCCUCCACCUGCUCCUCCUCCAAACAUGGGUGACCGACAGAGUCCAUCUACAAGGGAUAGCUUGCCUCCACCACCACCCCCACCAGAUCCGCACAUGUCAUACACCCCCAGCCCUCAGACAACCCCACAACCACCCCGUCACCCACUGGUCCAUCAGAAUAGCCGACACUCCCCAGCACACCAACCACACCACUCUAGUCCUGCACGACAAGACUCUACUGUCCUUCCUCCUCCCCCACCUUCUCCUCCAAAUUCACAGACACCAGACACUCCAGUCAACCUACCACCGCCACCCUCUCCUCCAGGCAUGGGUGUUUUGCCCCCACCCCCACCCCCUCCUCCUCCACCCCCUCCUCCUCCUCCUGCAGAACCAAAGCUGAAUGGUAUAGGUCACAUGGCCCCUGACACAACCUCCAUUUCCUCAUCAACUAGCUCAAUGACUACAUCGUCAACAGGAAAUAUGCCUGAGCCGCCACCACCAGGCAGUGGACGAAGCGCCCUCCUGGAGGAGAUUCGCAACAAAGAAUUGUACAGUCAGCUGAGGAAGGUGGAGGAUCGCAAGAAGCAGGAAGAAGAAAAGAGAACACCAACCGGACGCUUUGAUGUGCAUUCCAUCAUGAAUCGGGCAUUCGAGGUCAGACGCAAAGCCCUGGAGGCAAGCGACACAGAGAGUGAGGAUGGAUCCUCGGAGGAAGAAUGGAACUGAUUGGAUAACAUUUGUUACUAUGGAAACAUUUUACCCAGGAAUGUGAUUGGUCAAUCAAGCAUAUAACCUGUAAGCUUGCAUUAUUACCCAGGAUUAUGUAAUGGCUGCAUUGAAGGUUUGGUAGGAAAUUCUGAUUUCAGAAAAGGAGGGUUUGGAAAGUAUAUGGUUUGUGUCGCGUGCAUGAAGGAUAAAGCAUGAAAUGCUUGUGUUUGUGGUACUUAUUCCACACUACUUAUACCAGUGGACUAAAAUGGGGAAAUUGACCUUAGUCCAUACUUAAGAGUGAUGAAGCAGUGCCUGAGGACUGUCACUUAGAGUGGUGAAAUAACUACUACUGUACUUACCCUCGCAGGCUCUAUAUGGCUGUUGCCAUAGAAUUAGUUUUAUACACACAAGCUAUAAAUUUACUUUUGACAUAACACUUUGCUUGUAAUGAUUUGAAUUAUUCAGAUUUGAAUAUAAUUAUUAUAUAUGUAUGGUAUUGUACUAACCCUCAUUGUAUAUCAUUAAUCAGACAUGUUGUCUGAAUCCUGUUUUGAUCAAAUCCCCCAAUAGGUGGAAAAGACCUCUUCCUGUAUAGUAAACCUCAUGGCUGCUAGGUUUCCCUCGCUGUAUCACAACUGACUUGCAUCUCACAGUGUAAUAAGUGAUUAUAAGCUGUAAUACAAGCUGUAUGGUCACACUUCUCCCCUACUUGGUACAUCAAAAAUGACAAAUGUUUCUCAGACAUGUCUCUAAUGGCAUGCCAAAGUUGACCAGGGGAGGUAACCCAGUACAAGUAAGGACAAGUGUCUCCCAGACUUGUCUCUAGUGGCAGGCCAAGGCAAGCCAGGGGAGGUAACUCAGUGCAAGAAAUAACUACCAGUGUCUCCCAGGCUGGUGACUGGCUAUAGUACACCAUAAGAGUUAACCCAAUAUGAGAAAUGACAUGUGUCUCUUGAUAGCUGACCAUGGUUGACCAUGGGUGAUAACUCAGUAAAAGUGAUAACAAGCGUGUAUCUCUUAGACUUGUCUAUAUUGGCUGGCCGAGGUAGACCAGGGGAGAUAACUCAUUAAAAGUAAUAACAAACUUGUAUCUCUCAGACUUGUCUCUAGUGGUUGGCCGAGGUAGACCAGGGGAGAUAACUCAUUAAAAGUAAUAACAAGCUUGUAUCUUGCAGGCUUGUCUCUAGUGGCUGGCCGAGGAAGACCAGGGGAGGUAAUUGAGGAUAUUUGUGCUGUGUGAUCGACAUGUUCACACCACAUAUGUACAUGUGUUUUUUGUGUAUAUGUGCUAUACUUGUGACUUGAUGUUAGCUGCUGGUAAGAUCUAGGUCUUCCUAUCUCCUGAACUUUUGUAAAUUGACAUUUAUCAUGAGGUCAACCAAAUACAAACAUUGUUUAUAUUCUGUUAGUGUUUGUAGUUGUAAUUGUUUUUGAAACAAUUUUGGUAUGGUCAGUUUGAGAACAGCUUGUGUGAUCAAAUUUACCUUCUUAUAUUGAAAAUCAUAUUGAGCUACUUCCUUUUGACACAAAAUGUUCAGUGUCUAUUUCAGGAGAAGAAAAUCAGGUAUAUGUAUUUGAAAAACAUUUCCUCCUGUUUUUGUAUUCUCAUCCUUGUACCAGUAUCAAAAUUGUACAUAUAAAGGAGAUGUGUAUAGAUAUGUUUACUAUUGUGCAAUAUUAAGAAAGUGGGGUUUGUUGUGGCGAUUAUCUAUCCCGGUACUACACAAACAGUGAUCGUUACACAGACUAGAGUGCUCAAAAUAUACCCUUGCUAGAGUACUGUCCUCAAAAUUGAAUGUAUCAAGGCUAAAUUUAUGUACAUUCAUUAUUCUUACAUUUUUUUCAAAGAUAUCACAUGUUUUGUGAUAUCAAUAAUUUUCAAUAUAUUUGGCAUACUCGAUAAAGAACUUGCUACCAAACAAAACCAAAUUGCUAAUGACUUAACUGUAUUUUCAUGUUAAGCAAUCUCUAGAGAUCUGCUUAUAAUGAUGAAAUGUUUGUGGCACUGUUUUCAGGAUAGGAAGUAAUUAUUUUUUGGUGUUUUACUAAUCUGGAUUUUUCAACACUCAAACGUCAGCAGCUUGACGGCCAUUUUUAGAAUAAAAGUAUUAAAAGGAUUAUAAAGUGAUGUGUGUAUAUAGAAUGUGUUUUGCUCUGAUGUUAUUGAAGAGAGAUUAUCUGUAACCUAUUAUAUAUAUAAUUGUGUAGUUUUAUAUUUGGAGAUAAAAACUUCUCAUUUAAAUUACAGUACUCUAUAUAUAUGUACGUAUGUAACCGACACCAGGUAGAUACCAGCUGUACAAUGAUAGUAAAUUUCAGAAUUGGACACAUAUAUUUUGAGAGUGAAUGCUGAUAUAAGUAAUGUAUGUUUGCCUAUAUGUACAUUUCAUUAAUUAAUCAUUGGUUUCCGUGGUUUCUCAUUUAUUAUUCCCUUCAGAUCACAGUUGACUGGCCGACAAUGGAGAGGACCAGUCCAUUGUGGUCAUUAAGGGAUGAUAGGUUACUGUAUUUAACCAAGUAUAACAGUGUACUACAUUUGUAGUGUGCCUGACAAUAUAUUGUGGUGAUUUCUGGAUGUUAAGCAUGUGUGGUGGUGUAGUCAUUCCUGGUAUUCUCUACAUUGUUAUAGCUACUGUGACUAUAACAUUAGAGAGGCUGGUAGAAUGAUACUUUAUCAACAAAACUCUUUAUACUACUAUUUUUAUUAUGUAGCAAUUAGUAAUUUUGAAAUGCCAGAUGUAUUGCGUCAUUUUAUUUCAAUAUCUGUGUUCUUUCAUCGCCAGAAACCCUUCCUAUGUUAUUGCUAAGUUCCCUAUCCAAAGUAGUUCAUUUCUAUGGUCUAUUCUUGGAACAGAACCAUUCAAGGAAUUUCCAAAGACCUAAGCUUUAAAUAUGAAACAGAAACCAAGUUAGUGAACCAAUGUCCUUUUCACUAAGACUGAAGUACUGAUUUCCUUGUUUAGAAAAGCAGGAAUCAACACAUUUCUUAAAUAAAGUUUUACGAUUAAGGAAUCGGUAAUAAAUGAAAUAAAUAAAUUUUGUCGAGAUCAAACCUAAAAGAAAAGUGGCUUAUCAUUACAAUUUUCUCUCCUUUGCUAUGUUAAAUCAUUUUGCCCCCUUUGCACCUACCCAAGAUAAAAUGCUCCACUGGUUAGAUCUAACACAUCUACAGUGUUAAGAACUUUGGAAAGUUUAGCAUAUGAUCAACACUUGACUCUAACAAUUGUUCUAUUAUCUAUUAAAUAUAAGGGCUUGUAUUGUAACACGUUUCCACUUGGAAUAUUUUGAUUUUUUAUCAAAAUUGGUUAGUUCAGUAUUUACCAAAGAGAUACAGAUGUCACUAAGAGGUGCUCAUUGUAAGAUUGCUGGGCACCAUGUCAUUGUAAAUACACAUAUUUAUAAAGCUUUUUCUGUAUUCAUUCUUUGUAAUUUUUAAUUAUGUUUAAAGCUAUCAGAUAUAAAUAUUAACCAAUUUUCUUACAGUUUAAAAUAUCACUAAUUCAAAAUAAACCAUGGGCUUUCUCUAAAACAAUGUCCUGAUCAUCUUAUAUAGAACUUAACUGGAAUUCUGAUGGAAUCUAAUUUAAGUGUUCAGGUGACUUGCAGAAAAUGAUUGGGAAAGUAUCCUACAGAAUUAAAGACAUCAUGUUGAUCCCUUUUUGUAUAAUUUUUGUAUUUUUAAGUGGUUACAUCAGCAUUACAGGAGAAAGUGUUACCUUAUUUAUAGUUAAUUAACCCAGCAUUGGGAUGGACACCAAGUAUGAUAAACUGUUUAUAUAGUGUUUACCUGUGUACAGUGUCCACCUGUGUACAUUGGCCACCUGUGUAUAGUGACAACCUGUUUACAGUGUCCAUCUAUGUACAGUGGACACCUUUGUACAGUGUCCAUCUUUGUACAAUGUCCACCUGUGUAUGGUGUCUUUAUGUGUAUGGUGUCUUUCUGUGUACAGUGUCCACCUGUAUAUGGUGUCCUGUGUACAGUGUCUGUAAUCUGUUGUACCCAUCCUGUACAUAACCAUAUACGGUGCUCACUCUUGCACCAUUCUGCUGUAUUUAGGCAAUAAAAUCUGGCUUCACAUCAUAACAA